AUGGCGAUGCCUAAGGCCACAGCCUCCGUUGCUCUGGCCAUGGCGGUAGGCCUUGUUGCGAUGGUGUCCCUGGUCGCGGGGACUCCAGGCUUCGCAACUUUCUACACCCCUAGCUACACACCGUCGGCGUGCUACGGGUACCAGGAGCAGGGCGUGAUGAUCGCGGCGGCGAGCGAGGCCUUCUGGAACGGCGGCGAGGCGUGCGGCCACCAGUACGUGGUCAGCUGCACGGGCGCCACCAACGAGGGCGUGCCGCACCCGUGCACAGGCCGGAGCGUCACCGUCAAGAUCGUCGACCUCUGCCCCGCGGGCUGCCGGGGCACCAUCGACCUCUCGCAGGAGGCCUUCGCCGUCAUCGCCGACCCCAACGCCGGCAAGGUCCAGAUCGAGUACCGCCGGUAA